AUGUCUCCCACCAAGAAGACCUCGACCGCUCCCACCAAGGACUCCAUCCUCGUCCCGGAGACCCUCUUGAAGAAGAGGAAGUCCCAGGAGAAGGAACGUGAGGCCCGGGCUGCGGAUCUCCAGAAGAAGCGCAAGGCCAACAAGGAGAAGCGUGCCGUCAUCUUCAAGCGCGCCGAGUCGUACGUCAAGGAGUACCGUGAUGUAGAGAGGGAGAAGAUCCGCCUAUCCAGGGAAGCCAAGCAGGAGGGAUCUUACUACGUCCCAGCCGAGCCCAAGCUCGUCUUUGUCGUCCGCAUCAAGGGUAUCAACAAGAUCGACCCCAAGAAGAGGAAGACGCUCCAGCUGUUGCGUCUUCUCCAGAUCAACAAUGGUGUCUUCGUCCGCCUCACCAAGGCCACGUCCGAGAUGUUGAAGAUCGUUGAGCCCUUCAUUGCCUACGGUUACCCCAACCUCAAGAGCGUCCGUGAGCUCGUCUACAAGCGCGGUUACGGCAAGAUCGACAAGCAGCGCAUCGCGCUGACGGACAACGCUAUCAUCGAGGAGUCGCUUGGCAAAUACGGCAUCAUCUGUGUGGAGGAUCUGAUCCACGAGAUCUUCACCGUCGGCCCCAACUUCAAGCAGGCCAGCAACUUCCUGUGGCCGUUCAAGCUGAGCAACCCCACUGGUGGUUUCCGGCCGCGGAAGUUCAAGCACUUCAUCGAGGGUGGUGACUUGGGCAACCGCGAGGACAAGAUCAAUGCUCUCAUCAAGCAGAUGAACUAG